GUUACUCUCGUGGUCAGCAUUUUCCAUCUGCUUCGUGAUGAGCACGUGGGAGGUGCAUUAAUGGAUGCCACGCAUCAACAGCAUUAAUGCAGCUUUGUAGUAGUCAUCAUUAUUAUUAUUAUUAUGAUCACUUUUCCCCCAACACAUUUAUACCCACACCCACCAACAAACACCUUCAAAACAUAUAUUUAACUCCGUUUUCGUCCUUUCAAAAAACAAUACACACACACACACACAUACGCACAGACGCACAUGGCAGUCUGCAGCUUUAGGUAGUCAGGCAACGUAACGUAAACGUUGUCGUAGCUGCAUAUUCUUCUUUCUCCUGUUUUUGUUUUCUCUCUUUAACUGCGCUACCGCUGAUUUUUUCCUUUUACGUUUCCUAGUGUUACAGCGUCCCUUUUUUGCUGGCUGGAUCAUCAAGCAAGUUUGACGUUGGACUUGACGCCCGGAGUAGUUUAGUGUGCUUCUCGCCGCUUACUCUUUCAUUAGCAUUGCUUUUCUUCUUGUUGUUGUUUCCCUUGCUUUCUUUGUUUCAUUCGUGGGAUAAUGUGUAGUAGCUGCCGUUUGAUGCGCUGUGUUCCCCAUGCGCCAAUGCGGCGAUUGUGCAGGUCGGCCCUUUGGUCGUGCUUUUGCCCUUCACUGCAAACGAAAGGACCGAUGUGUUCGCUUUGCUUUCUAACAUGCCAUGUCAGCCCGCAAGCCUUGUCUACCCACCUUUCCACGGUGAGGUGCUUUCACAGCACUGCACUGCGCACACGUGGCGGCAGCGGCACGUUCUCCCUCGCUUCGUCUGGACGUGCCUUCACCAGCUCAUCGAAUCUCUGGAAUCUUAUCACGCACUCCGGUACGACGGAGUCCGCAGAUCAAAAAGCGGUCUCGGGUGAAAGGAGCGGAGCUGAGAAGCCGAACACAACCAACAGCGGGAAAGCCGACACAGUGGCGGCGGAACUCACAGACAGUGCAACGGAGAACAAUCCAAGCGUCGCAGACACAAAAGAGCCAGCGAAGGAAGCGAACAAGACGGCAGAGAAAGAUGGCAAGAGCUCUGCGAAGGCGGACCCACUAUUGAAAAUGGACGAGGUUGCAAAGGACAAGAAGGCGGAGCCGCCCAGCACCGCCGACGCCUCGACGCCGGAGGCGCGAAUGAAAAGAGAGCGCCUGCUCGACGCAGAAAAGAAUAUUCUCUUCGAGGAGAUCGUUGCGGGGGAUGAGGCUCAGCAGCUCUUCAACACGACGGAGGUGAGCACCAUGAAAGGCCUUCGCUGGCUGGACGUGUCCACCUCUCCGGGGUUCUUCAAGGACCCGUUGCUGGCGCACAUUCCAGAAGGUCAGCUUGACUUCUCCGUCAUGCGUAAGCUCUUUGGCAGCCGCUUCCCAAUUGGCGUGUACGCUAAUGUGGCGAGUGGGGCGACGCUACCAGUGACAUACGUGAAUGAGAAUUGGGCUUGUCUCAUUCUUCGUUUCGCCAAGGAAGUGCACCAGCAAACGGACGAGCUCGGCGGCGUUCUCGGUGCCGGCAGUGGUCGCUCUUCGCAGCACCAUCGCCGGCGGUGGUGGUCGCUCGCAAAGCAGUGGCACGACCACCCCCCUGCGGAUGGCGACGUCGACAACGCCGCCGCCGCAGACAACGGCGACGAGGACUGCGUCUACGACGUGGCCACGAUGGACUUCUACCCCCGGAGGGUGAAGACGUCGCAGCAGUGGGUCCAGGAUUUGGAGCGGCAUCUGCGCCGUCGACAAUCCGCCAGACGAGCCGCCAAAGCGGGUUUCGCGAAGCCGCCCACCGCGUCAAAGACGUCAUCGGCCGCGGCUGGGACGGCAGCGGCACUGCGCCACCACCACCGCCACCGCUCCUCGUCCCGCCGCCGCCCCUCCCUUACGAUGUCCGACUUCAGCGAUCGUCUCACCAUCUUUGUGGGGAAGGAGCUGCAUCCGGUAGAGACAGACCCCGACGCGCCCAAGACGGAGGCGGCGACGACAGCGGCGAAUGAGGCGCUCGCGCUGUCGCGCAGUGCGCAGCGCAAGCGCGCGGCGAGACGCUCGGGAAAGGACCAUGACGAGAGAGAGGAGAUGGCAACGAAAGCUGACGACUCCGCAUACAAGACUACUAACCCAUCAGCUUCAGCGAAAGAGGGAGAGACGGCGCCAACGCAUUACGAAGUGCGGUGGCGUGUCGUCACGGUGCAUCGCGCCCCCAUCGCCUUCAUAAGCGACAUGCAGUCCCAAUGGAACAAGCUGACCUCCCACGGCGGACGAUCCACGCGAACCGUGCGCUCCGUCCCUACGAACAGCCGCGGACCACUGGACACAGAAGAAAUUGUCCGGCAGGCGCUGCGACGAGCUGCGCGGUCGGGGUCGAUGAUGGAAGAGGAAGACGAGGAGGAGGACAAUGAUGGCGUCUACGAUGGUGUGCACAACACGGUGAUUGACCGCGUGGAGGGCUGGGAGGACCUCGUACGACUGCUCUAUCACGGCGCCUCACGUACGCUGCAGGAGUCGGCGUACCGCAACACACGGCGGCUGGAGGUGAUGGAGACGGAGAUCUUCGAUGCCCCCCAGCACUCUGCACAUCACCUUUAUUCCAUGACCCGUCUCAUGGCCGAGCUGCAUCUACUAUCGCGCGAGACGACGAGCCACAAUUCCAUUCUACGCGAGUCGAAAGUGGCGUAUCAGAAACUGAAGGGGGCGCUCGAUCAUCCGUUCAACCUCGCGGACCAAAAUGAGAUGCUCUACGUGGACAGUGUGUUGUCCAUCUCAGCCCACUUAGCAGAACAGUCCGAGUCCCUUCUUUUCUUACAGUUCUCCGUCGCGAUGAACCAGACGGAGCAGCAUCUGCGUCUGCUGACCAGCUUUAACACGUUUUUUAUUCCCUUGGAUUUCAUCUGCACGUGCUGCAGCUCGGAAGUUAUCACACCCGCCGCGGUCAGUGAAAGCAAGAGUGCGAUGUACGCUGCUUUUGGUCUGUUGGCGACCACCGCCGUCUUGACGCUGCGCUGGAUUCGCCGCAACCUGCGUUAA